GUGUAUGAAGAAAAGGAUUAUAGAAGAGUUAGAUUUGUUGGACGGCAAAAGGAGGUGAACAAGAAUUUUGCGAUUGAUUUGAUAGCAGAGCAGCCUGUGAGUGAAGUUGAAAGCAGAGUGAUAUCAUGCGAUGGUGGUGGUGGAGCUUUGGGACAUCCUAAAGUAUACAUAAACUUGGACAAAGAUACAAAGACCGGAACAUGUGGCUACUGUGGACUUCAGUUUAAACAGAAACAGCACUGA